UCAAAGGACAAUAUUGUGAAUAGUGAGGUAACUGCACGCGUUAAUAACGCACGAAGCAUGACACUGAUACACAUUAUGUUACAGACGCCAUUGAUUCAACCAGAUCAAUUGAAGACCUGCAAGGAGUUACUUUUAAAAUCAAGAUGGCGAUUUCAAACUUUUCCUCCAGCGCGCAACUUCAAUCAAACAGCUGGUGGUAUCGAGACGAUCAAUAUCGCUGAUGAUAGAAAAACUCUGUCACUAAAAUGGAAAGAUGGAGUAUUGUCAAGUUUCCACAGUAAGUGGCUGCGAUUUAAUUGUCGGUGCAGCAAAUGCAAUGAUACUGCCAACAGUUGGAUCUGGCCUGCCCAUGAAAUACCAAUGACCUUGACGAUACAAGCUGUCUCCACUACAGAGGAUGGUCAUGUCCACGUCCAGUGGAAUGAGGAGGAUCACGACGGAAUCCUCCCCGGGGAACAUCUUCUGCAACAUUGUUACUCCAAAGAGAACCAAAGGCGUUUAAGGGAUCAAGCAAAAUUACAUUUUAAUUCGGAGGUGACAAUUCCAGAGAUGUCCUGGCGAGAUGUACAGUCAUCAGAGUACUCCUUAUAUAGGUGGCUUAGAAAUAUCAAUGACCCGGGAUUAUGUCUGCUAACAGAUGUACCAGCCGAGCAUCACUACGCACGGAACGUUCUGAGUAAGAUUGGCUGCCUGACGGGAACCUUAUACGGAGAGAUAUGGGAUGUAAAACUGCAUAAGAAAAUGAUCAAUUCUGCAUACGGACGACAAGCUCUUCUCUUCCACACUGACCUGGCUAUAUACGAAGCACAACCUGGUGUACAAUUUCUACACUGUUUGAGAUUUGAUGACUCAUUGGAGGGCGGUGAAACCCUAUUUGUCGACCUAUAUCACAUAGCUGAGACAUUUCGGAGAGAUUUUCCAGAGGAAUUUCGACUGCUCACACAGGUUCCAUUUACUUUUACAAGGAUUCAUUAUGACCGUGCUGAUCCUGUCCACAUGAUUCUCAGAAGACCACUGAUAGCUCUUAACGAUGAGAAUCGGAUCAUCAAUAUGACAUGGCAUGAACACGAACUUGGGCCACCUCUGGUCAAUGAGAACAACGUUGAAGAGUUUUAUCAAGCUUACCAGCUUUUUUCAAGGGCUAUCAACGACUUUCCGUAUCGGAGAGUAGUUCGUCUCCGUAAGGGUGAUAUGAUCUGCUUCAAUAAUCGACGACUUGCUCAUGCCAGAAAUGCAUUUACUGGUGAAGGAGAGAGACACUUACAGGGCUGUUAUGUUAAUUCGGAUGACUUUAAGAGCAAGCUGAUGUAUCUCUCUCACAAGCUGGACGAUGGUAGACCGGUGUGUCACGUGGGCAACACGGACUGGACGUAAGAAGGGGGCACCAUUUUAUGUUUUAGCAUCGUGUAUGUAGUUAUUUACGACACAUUGAAGCAAAAGGACAAUGAUAAUG